GUGUUUGUUGUUGUUAGCUUGAAUGCUGCUGCUGUCAAACUCUCCGUGCUGUCAGAGAGCUAACGUCCGUCCGUCCGCCUGUUCGUUCCCACAUUGAUGCCUUAAACCUCCGUGUUUGACUUCAGGACAUUCAUUAUUCAUCUAACCGCUGUGUUGGGGACUUAAAGCGGAGUUUCCGGAGCAGAAGUGUCUCUUUAAAGCUGGUUGGACGUGUUGAAGAGAGGAUUAUCAUCAUUUCCUGACUGAGAAUUUGUCAGUUAACCGACUGUUGGUGUUUUUAUUUCGGCUGCGACAGACCGACAACCUCCCGAGGUAAGUUAUAGGAGAAAAACUGUAAAUGAUCCUGUUUCUGUUCGGCUUUAAUUAUAACUAAAGAGCUGUCGUGUUUUGUUGUUUUUGCUUUUAUUACCAGUUGAUAACCUGCUGUGUUCCGUUAAAGACGAUUACACACGAUAACUGCCGAAGUGUUCCGACACUUACAGAUAAUACGGGCUGAGAUGAGAAAUGUACUUUAUUUACAGCUGUAACUCAAACCGUGUGAAGUAUUUUAACACUUUGCUGCUGAAAAUAAGUGAUUAAAAACAAGUUAAUUCAGGAUAUUACUGAAGUCUGUUACCAUGGUGAAUUUGUUUGUUUACAAACGAGCAACAAGCUUCUUCCUAACCGCUCUGAAGUUGACCAAGAUAAGCCAUCUUAGCAGGGGCGUGUCCGGACAUUUUUGACUGAGGUGCCCUGCCUUUUACAGAGGGGGGGACAUGCAGUAUGACUGAUGCCCAUAUUUCUGUCUCAGUGUUAAAGGUGGAGUCAGCAGGAAUCUGUUACAGAAGCAUCUUUUUAUUUUGUGGUGUAUUUACAAAAAUCUUUGAAUAUCAGUCAAUAAUUAUUAGUUAUUGAUGACAUUUGGUAAUAUAACGACAUCUCUGUGUUCUCUUAUGUCUGUGUAGUCAACAUUUGAACAUUUUUAACAUCAUCUUUCUGACUGUAAACAAAGCCGUUGGAGUGUUACAUGGAGAUUUUUCAUUAGAAAAACACGCAUACUGAACAAAACCAGAAAAGACCACUUAGGCCACAGGGGGCGCCAAAAUUAACACAACCAAAAACUUCUUUGGAGAAGCUUUUAAAAACGAGCUAAAAGAGUUGUUGCCAGGACUGUAACUAAGUUAAUCCUCUUUUCUCCUCUGGAUAAGGGAAUUAAUCAUUAAAUUAAUGUGUUUCAGAACUAAGGGAAUAAUUAUGAGGGAAUAAAAAAGGAUCUCUAAGUCCAAAGUAACUCCUUUUUCCCAUGAAAAGCAGAAAUUCAGAUCAUUUGAGAGGCCAAAACAACUUUUAGCUGGUUCACCAUGUUCAGGAGCUCUCCGGCUGCAGCCUCAGUGUUACUCAGUUAAUGAAGAACAGAGAAGAGGACGAGUAAACAGACUGAGAGAGUAAAGUGACGGCCUCGGGUUCACAUGGGUGUAAGCGACCUUUUUCAGAAGCUGCUCGGUUUAUCGAGCUCUCCUCCUCGUCUUCACAAAGAGCUGAGGGUAAUUUCUCUAAUGCCACACAGAUGACUCAUCUGCACGUCUGAAUCAUGUGACACUGGCACUGCCCUAAAGUUAGCCUCAGUAUUCAGACCAGUGCCAGUCGACUCUGUGGUUUGAUUUCACCUAAAAUCACAUUUGUUCUCUGGACUUCAUUCCUCUGCAUCAUCCUCUCUCUCCACUUCUGUUUUUGUCUGGAUUUUCCUCUCAUUAGGAAAACUCAAACCUCCGCUGCGGUCUACACAUUUUUCCAUACAUGGAUUUACUUCUGUUUCCCCUCACACGCCCCUCCCUGCGUGUUUUUUCAUCUCUUCAUCUGCCGUCCGUUCUUUCUCUGUUGUUUUCUGUCUUUCUCUUCGUCCUCUCUCUGUCUUUGUCCCGGUCCGCUCCAGGUCGUUCCCUCUCUUCUUCUUCUUCUUCUUCUCUUGUCAUCUUUUAGCCUCUUACUCAGCACCAUACCUGAGUGAAAGAGCCGGAUACUGGACUGGAGCAGUUAGAGCCCCACCCUCCCAACCCUGAGCAAACACCACCCGCCGUUUGAACCUCUGAAUCUGUUGGUUUGGAUUCGGUGUGGUCGUGUUGUCAGUGGGCUCACGCCUUUACACUGAAGUGGAAAUGAGUCUGCUGAGUCACGCACAAGAAAAUCCACGCUCACUUUCUGCAGCCAUGAAUCGCCCUUAAAUCCUGCAAGUGGGUGUGAGGCACCACAGGGGGGGCAGGAGAACGUUUCCACUGUCGGGGUUUGACGCUAACUCACUUCCUGUGAGCGUUAGUGAUGAAACCAUUUAGGCUUUCAGUCCAAAGGUACGACCAUCUGAGAUCUCCUCCGUCACAGAUCCACAACAGACAGUUUUUUAAAGUUGAGGCAGGAACACGGAUCCGUUCUCCUCUGCUCAUCUUUUUUCCUGUUUCCUGUUUCACUGUGAAGACGAGGAAACCAAAAGUAGUGACCCUCCAUCAUUACUGCAGAUGUGAGUGUCAGGUCAGCGGUCAGACCAUCACCUGACAGCCUGGUCAAACUUUGUCGGUAAUUUGUCGUCAGGUAAAAUCCUCGUGAACUCUGAGGAAUGUUAAUCUAAAGCAGCUCGGCUCAAAACCACCUCUUCAUUUCUGAUUAGAGGCACGUGUGCUCGCUGUUUACUGAAGUCAGGAACACCAACACAAAUGAAGGAGCAUCACCACCACAAAACACAGGAGCUACAUGAAUUAGUGAAGCAUGCAGCCUAUGAUGGAGAUCCUUUUUCAUCCUCCUCCGGACAAACAUCCCCGUCUGUGUUCAGUGACGGUAACCUCAGCUCGUAUCUCAUCAUGGUGUCUCUGCAGAAGACAAAGACCGUCCACACUGACAAGAAAGCCUCGUGAGAUUAAAAAAGGACUUUCAGAUGUAGGAGAGUGAAUGAAUGAGCACUUCGAAAUGUGAGCAGACACAAGAGGAGGAGGAGGAGCUCAAACAUGUGUUCAGUGAGUCAGGGAUGAGGAGGUGAAACGAGGGACAGAAGAGGAAGAAAGAGGAUCAACAGGGUUAACCUCCGCCGUGAUAAGGAGGGGUUUGUGUGCUGCAGAAGUGCUGAGUCAGUCUGAGCUGUGAGGCCGUUCAAACUGGAGGAUUUAAGGGGUUUAUGGUACAAACUGCUGCUCUCCCCACACGGAGCUAAAGCCUCCAGAUCUGCUAAAGACAGGAAUGCUAAUGGUUUGAAAAAGGGGCUUUUGUUGUCAGCAGAGACGCAGGCUGGCGUCGCUAUGGAGACAAAAUAUUUAUCAGCUGUGAUGCUCUGUGGUUUACUAACUGAUGUUUUUUAAUGUUUGUGGAUUUAAGACGACGACAUCUGAAGAUCUGAGCUUGAACACAGAGUCAGUGCUCCUCCUCACGCUAGUUUGUAGUCUAAUGUUGCAGUGAAGUAGAAGAAGCAGGUAACAUAGGAGCUCUUCAUCCCUCUACACCGAUGUCUUUGGGGACACGAUGAAAGUUAAAAUCAUCAUUAGCUUGUUUCACACACACCUGUUCUGCAAUUGUUCCGCAAUAACUGCAAAUUAUGGUCUAUUCAGAUUUUUGGUUUAUCCGUUUUUACUCGAUUAAUCUCUGGAAUAUUUGGUCAAAAACUCUUUUACUAAAUUUGAUGCUGCAGCCCGAUAACUGUCUCUGAGUGUGAUCAGGUCCACUAUGUGUGGUUUUGAUGUGACCGUGAAACAGUUUGUGAAGUUUUUUAAUGUCAGUCCGUGUUUUUUUCCUGGUCUCACUGAUGUUUUAAAGAGCGUGUUGUCUGAGCGUCACUCUGUUGUGGUCGUGGACGGUGAACAGAGCCGUGGACUGUUGUUAGUCAUGUGUGAGAUUUCUAUCUUUAUCUCAGUGUGGUGAGGAUCGGCCCUCUUCUCUUAGUCUGCUCAGGAACGGUGAAGAGAAGACCUCGGACCCUCGUCAGGAACCUCAUCUGACAGACUGUCACUGAGCGAACGCACAACUCUGAACGACAAAGACGGCGACUGAAGAGUGUGUGAGCUGAUGUUAAACGUUAAACGUCUGAAUCCUCUGAUCCAGAUAUUCAAAUAUCUUAGGUUUGUGUGUGUGUCUGUGUGUGUUUCUGUGUGCUGCUGACUUCCUGUCUCUGUGUGAGUGUCGGCCACAGCUUCCCUUUCUGUCACUCUGCCGCUCUCUCAGUCACACCCGUCGCUCUUCUUCGCUGUCUGAUGACAUUUCGAGGCAAAUACAAAAUGUUCCAAGGUGAGUUUUCUGAGUUCUUCUGAGUUCUUCUGAGUCCUUCUGAGUUUUGACUUGAACUGAAGCUGCAGGAUAAACUGAGACCAGGUUACAGGUUUGUGUUGUAGAGUUAGAUCUUAUUGCUCGGUGGGUCGUUUGAGCUAACAUUGAUCAGUUUCAGAAUUUCUCCUCUAACUUCAGUUCCAUGUCUGCAGUUUGGAGGAGUGACUCAGAGCUCAGUUGAGAUUGUUUUCAGGUUUUUGCAUCAAAGUUUCUGUUGUUUUCUGCAGUUUUGUGAGGACUCGUGCUUCAGACCUGCAGGAGUAACAGGCUGUUCUGAGCUGCAGGCUGUGAAUUUUAGAGAUGAUCCAGAGUCUAUUGAAACAUGUUUAACUCCAGUCUGAAGGUUUUCCUGAACCACAGAGGAUUUUUGUGACGCUAUUCUGCAGUUUUUGGUCAUAUAAGAUUGACUAAAGUUCAUGUUGAGGUUUUUUUAUGAUAGAAGAGCAACAAGACAUCUGAACAUUAGAGUCAUUUUUAAUGUCUGAAUCUGGUGGUCAGGGGGAGGAGUCAGACAAACAGCUAAAGUAACAGCUUCUUCUUACAAUCUUCACUUGAAAUAUUUUAUAAAAGGUAAAUUUGAUCGUCAAAAGUUAUAAUACAAAGUUAUAUUAAUUACAAUAAGCAAUGACUGAUUGGUACAAACUGAAAGUUCCUUACAGGAGCUUUAAAGCUCUUCUUAUUUACAUGUCGCACAUCAACUGUAUCUAGAACAGAAGCCGUCUGCCUCCUCUCUGUGAGAACAGCACCCUCUGGUGGCGGGCUGCAGUAUAGGUCAUAAACCCCGCCUCCUUAUGGAGCUGUGGACAAACUUUAUAAAUGAAUGACACAGAAUAUAAAUGUUUCUCCCCCCUGGUUGUGAUGUUGACAUGUAGUUACUGUCAGACUGGUUUGUGCUCAAGUCCUCUUUUUUCUGUACAGCUCCGUUUUUAAAAGUUAUUAGGGGGUUCAUGUUUUCUAUGAUUGACACCUGAUACAGCCAAUGGGAGGACAGAGAUCACCGGGGGAUAGGAGUAAAUCACAGGAAUACUGAGAGCAAUUAGGCUUCGAAUUCGUAUAAUGACGGGGGGGCGGAGCCAAGUUGUCCGUUACAUAUUCAGUCUAUGAUGAAGCAGAAACAGGAAGUCUUGCAGGUCUGAGUCUUUUUGGCCGUAACACCUGAAACAAGUUCAGUCAGGGCGGGGCCAUGAACCGACGAGUUACUGAGACGGAAAUUUAUGACAAUAACCAACGUCGAAGACGAAGUUCAUGUGGGAGGGGGUGAGCAGCUGGUGGAGUAGUUAUUGUCCAUUUAUGGUUAUCGAGGUGAACUGAUCAAUAUAUCGUGAUAUUGAUUUAAGGCCUGAUCGCCCAGCCCUAUGUUCAGUCAUACUUGUUAUCAGGACACGUCUUGAGCAGUUGUAUAUAACUGCUCUGUGGUUCUGUAGAGUGAUAUUAUGAGGUGACGGAGCGUUGAGCUCACAGGUGGAGCCGUCUGCUCUGAGGUCGGGGGAUUUUACCUCGCUGGUUGCCACAGGAGUUGGCACGGCGAGCUGCGAAGCGUGUGAGCUGUGGUUUAUGCUGAUCAGCCGCUCUGGAGGCGCCCUGACCAAUCAGACGGCUCGCCUCAAGACGCCGGUUACAUAAUGAGUCAGAGCGAUGGCAGCUCCUCCUCCUGUCUCAGACUCCUCCUCUCAGUGUGGAGGAUCUCUGCAGGAGUGUGUGUGUGUGUGUGUGUGUGUGUGUGUGUGUGUGUGUGUGUGUGUGUGUGUGUGUGUGUGUGUGUGUGUGUGUGUGUGUGUGUGUCUCUGCUCUGUAACUCUCUCCCUGAGUGUCCGAGGAGCAGCAGGGUUCCUGUAGAUUAGUUGGAUUACAGACUCUUCAGAUUACCCAGAGAGCAUCUGUCAGACUCUCAGCAGGUAUAACCUCGAUCAUCUCUGCGUCUGUGACUCUGUGUUGACCAUCUCUCGUUCGCUCCUGUCUUUCAGCGAUGUCUCGUCGGAGUUCACGCCUCGUCUCCGGCGGGUAUUACAACUCAGACGAAGAAUCGGAUUCCAGUACGGUGACCAACAUCUCUUACCGGGAGAACCCGGUCAAGUACGUCGCUCUGACUCUCUCAUGUUCUCAUGUCUGUGUUUUAGUCGACAGCUCUGAUCUAUGAAGUGAUCUUUGUCCCUGUUCUUCUUCUUGUUUGUUUGUUUGUUUGUUUGUUUGUUUGUUUGUUUGUUUGUUUGUUUGUUUGGCGUCUUGUUUUUACUCUCAGGGUCUUUAAAAAGAAGGCGGGGAACCGUAAAGGUGGUACUCGUACCCCGAACAAAGUCAAGAGUGAAGUGGGGUCAUCCAGCCCUGAAGCCCCAGACUCUGCAGGCCGGUAUGAAGGUAAACGUGAGACAGCUGAGACUUAAUCCACCAAUCAGAGACACAGGAGCCCGUGUUUGACCCCGUGUUUGACCCCGUGUUUGACCCCGUGUUUGACCCCGUGUUCUCCUCUGCAGCUCUCACUCCUUCUCCUUUGAGUGUCCAGACUCAAACCACCAUGAGGACCGUACCCUACAGUUCACCCAUGGCAACGCCUCGGCCCGCCCUGACCCCGUCAUCGGCCCGGAGCCGGACCCCCACACUCUGCCCGUCACUCUGUUCGGAGACCGGCUCCUACUCUGGGCUCUACAGCUCAGGUGCAUCAGGACCCCUCCUCAGACCGGACCUGAAGGAGCUGAGUCAGAGCAGCGUGGACAGCUCAGGGUACUCGUCCUCUGAGGGGACGCACAGGAGACCCUCGGCCUCCAGCAGCAGCACCACCAGGAACCACGGUACCAGUGGAGCCCAAAGUGCCGGAUUAAGAGUCCGACUGAGGCGGGUCGUCUUCAGUCUGAGGGGUGAGUGUGUCUGAGGGAGGGCUGAUCGAUCGAUCCAUUUUAAAUCAGAUUAUUUCAUUAUAAUGAUGUUAAAGAAAUAAAAUCCACCUCCAGGCCACCGUAGGCUCCUCCUCCUCCCACACACACCAGUGUAAACAAACAUGGCGUUUGCUAAAGAAGGCGAUAAUUUCGUGGUUAAAUAGGACAAGAGCGAGUCAGUCGUGUUGAAUUGGUACGACUUCACAGUUUCAGAUGAAGAGUAAACCACUCCCCGCUGUAAAGUCUGUCUGAAGGCGGUAUCAACCCGUCACCAUGGAAACUAACUCAGGAGGAAACGCUAAAGUUUUUGUCGUAUCGGCGUUUCAGGUGACUGUAAACGGUACUUUUUUGAAAACAGGUCAGAGAGUGAAUAAAUCUGUAAACGACGACCAUUUCAUCUCCGUGUGGAUGUCUAUCUGCAUCUGUGGAAACGAUCAUGUGACACACAGAGGAACUCUGCAGUCAAGUUUGAUAAAGUCACUGAGUCAAAAAUCGAGUUUUCAGAGAAAAUCGUGAUUUUAUUUUUGGCUGAAAUGGUGCAGCCUUCGUCUGAGGGUGUGUUUGCAUGUGUGUGUCACCUGUGUGUGUCACAUGUGUGUGUCACAUGUGUGUGUCACAUGUGUGUGUCACAUGUGUGUGUCAUUUGUGUGUCACUGCAUGUCUGUGUAUUAAUUUUGUGUUUUCAUUGUUUUCUUCAGACUCAUUCUCACUGACGACCGCUGCAGUCCACUCUAAACUAACACACCUGGCAUCUUUGGGUACGACGCGUGUGUGUGUGUGUGUGUGUGUGUGUGUGUGUGUGUGGGUUUACACAGUCUGUGUUCACAUACCUGUAGGUUGAUGUUUCCUCACCUGUUUAAGCUCCGCCCUGUCUUCUCUCGCAGCGAAUCGUCCGGUCAGCAGAAACGUGAAGAAGGCCUGUGGUCUGCUCCUCCUGCUCCUCCUGCUCCUCCUCCUGCUUUUCUGUAAGUGAUAAAAACAUUUAUCAGAUUCACGUUUCUGCAGAACUAAAACCACGAAGAAGCUGCUCUGGAUGUGAGGAGGCAGAUGUUUGAGUAAACUCACAGGAACAUCAUCAGUUUAAGUCAGACGUGUCGCGGCGUCGAUGUGCCGUAAACAUGGAGCUGCAGUUUUUAUGUCGCUAUGGUUACCUGCUGUAAACAAACCGAGCUGCUCUCAGGGUUUUCCCCAGGAAACGGGUCAGACGUCGGCGCCGCUCUGCUGUGACUCACUCUAAGUACCAAUCAGGAGCCUCUGAUUGAAGGUUUCGGUGACUUCUAAAGACACCGCCGCUCCUUCUUCUUCUUCUGCUCUCUCACAGGUGUUUGGCUCCUCCUCCCUUGGUUGUCCUCUUUCAUCUCCCGCAUGACCGUCACAAAGACCCCGCCUCAGACCAAACCUCCGAGUCAGCCCUUCAUCCCUGCUCCUCCUCCUCCUCUUCCUCAUCCUACAGCAGCGGUGGUAGGACUGAUCAUCUUCACCCGCAGGGUUCAUGAGUGGGCGGGAGGUUAAAGGAGGGGGUGUGUCUCUGAGGGGGAGGGGUCAUUAGAUUUUAGAGAUCCUGAAGAAAAUCAGAGACGGAGGGUUAAAAAUGAAGAGUUUGAGGUUUUAAGGAUGAAGAGUCUCUUUGUUUCUCCUGUAGGAUCCAACGGUUCUUUCUGCUGCCGUCAAAGUGGAGCUUCAGCGUCUCCUGGUGAGACCCCACAGACACACACACAGACACAGACACAGACACACACACAGACACAGACACAGACACACACACACACACACACAGACACACACACAGACACACACACAGACACACACACAGACACACACACAGACACAGACACACACACAGACACACACACACACACACACACACACACACAGACACAGACACACACACACACAGACACAGACACAGACACAGACACAGACACAGACACAGACACACACACACACACACACAGACACACACACAGACACACACACAGACACAAACACAGACACAGACACACACUCGCUGUAGUUUCAGUUUAGUUGUUUUUUUAAACCUCAGAAUCUGAAACUGAAGAACUUGUGAGUUUUCUCAGACUUCAUGUCUCCUGAAGAAUCUCCGUGUUUGUGUUUCCUGCAGCAAACGCAGCAGCUGAAGGAUCAGGAGCUGCAGCUGAAGCAGGAACAUCUUCUCUCUCAGGUACAGAAGACCAGGACUAAGAACCAGAGUGAACCCCCCUGUGGUAGAGUGACAUCUGCUGACAGUUUGUGGAACUGCAGAGAGAGCAGAGGUCUUUGGUCUCUUACCUGACGGAGUCCUCGUGUCCUCUUCUCUCAGGUGAAGGACAGACUCCAGCUGGACCUGCAGGACCUGAAAACCAAACUGGAGGUUUCAGACUCCAGGAGUCGGAUCCGUCUGGACCAGGAGCUCGCCGGUCUGAGCAGGAAGAUCCAGGAUUACCAGACAGACAGCAGCAACUCUGCUGCCAGUCUCAGCCUCAGGAUCCAGGAUCUAGAGGCCCAGAACGCCAAGGUAACGCCCCCUUUUUCCUGCCGGGACAGAACCAGAACCAGAACCAGAACCAGAGAGGUUCACUCUUCAUGUCAAACUAAACCGUGACCUCCUCUCUCUCACAGCUGUCUCAGGAGUUGUCCUCGAUUCAGCUGCUGCCUCCCCCCGCCCCCUGCCCUGAUACAAGCUCCACCCCCAACCAAAACCAGCUGACCUCAGAGCUCCAACAGGCCAUGGAGGCGUGGCUUACCAACCGCAUCAAGGUGGGUGGAGGAACCGGACUCUGCAGAGAACUUUAUAGACUAACGACGGACUUCAGACCAAACCAACAGAGAUUUAGUUUGAAGUAGAGCGACCAUAUUCUAGAGGACGCCAGAGGGGCGGAGUCACAGAGUCACAGAGUCACAGAGUCACGCUUAGUAAAUUUUGAGAGGUUUUUGGGUCGACUCAGUUACCCGGGAUUUCCACCGCAUCCAGAGCGACUCCGUUCCUGAACAGCAGCGAUUUUCGCAAGAACUCACGAGAACCCGCAGAUUCACGUUCAAUCUCACGAUAACGAGUCGUCUCUAUAACAACAGACACAUAGACAUAUAAGCAGUAGAUUGUGUCCUUCCAGAGGAGGAAAUCUACUUCUAGACUUCUAGAAUCAGCAUCUCCUCAUCCAUGGUGUCAUCGGGGUGAAAUGACGUCUAAAAACCUUUCACUUGUUCGUCUCCGCCCGAGUGUUUUAUUUUGAAAAGAAGCCGGAUGUUUUAUUUUGUGUCUGUGCCCGACUUCCUUUCCAGCACGGGUUAAUCUGUGCUGAAUUUAUCCGCCAUGCUCCGGCGUCCAGAAAAAAUAGAACUCUUGUGAUCAGCUGAGGAGUCCGGCGAUCCUCAGAGGAACGGAAAGAAGUCGGUGUAAAUUGACACGUUAACUUGAAUGGUUACGAUCAGCUACGAUCGGAGGAUACGACCUUUUAGGAGACCAUCAGGAUGAAGGUGGAGGUCGGGGGUUAGUCCACGUGACACUAACUCAAAAAUUCCAGAGAAAACAGACAUUUGAGGAUCUAUAAACUCCCCCGGACAGCCCCCCAAAAACAGGACGUGUCCGGGUUAAAGAGGACGUGUCCUGGUUAAAGAGGACAUGUCCGGGUUAAAGAGGACGUGUAUCGUCACCCUGUCUGCAGAAAUCCUGACUGAUGAACCUUAAAUCUUGUUUCUCUGAUCAGACUUCAGUCUGUGUGUUUUAUUGUGUUUUAUUGUGUUUUAUUGUGUUUUAUGUGUGUUUUCUGUGUGUUUGAAUCAGGACCAUGACGCUCUCAGACUCGGACACACAGGAAGUGUCUCAGACUGUGGACGGCCCAUGGCAGAUAAAAUGGCCGACUUCGCUCUGGAGACUCAAGGUCAGAAACGUGUCGAUUGUUUAAACCAAUAAUCAAAGAUCUGACGGCGUGUCGUUGACCUCGGCGUGUUCUUCUGUUUGUGUGCAGGUGCCAGUGUGAUCAGCACCAGGUGCUCAGAGACCUAUCGGACCCGGACAGCCUGUCUGACCCUCUUUGGUUUUCCUCUGUGGUACCCGUCUGAAAGCCCGCGGACCGUCAUUCAGGUACAGGCGUAGAGACCGCCUCUCCCGGCUUCACGCCGCUCUUCCCUCUCACAGCCGUGUUUCCUCCCGUCUCUCUCAGGGCUACCCGGUGCUGCUCCCCGGGAAAUGCUGGGCGUUCCACGGCGUCCAGGGGACUCUCGUGAUCUCUCUGUCUCACCCCAUCAGGAUCACACAUGUGACUCUGGAUCACCUGCCGCGCUACAACUCCCCCACCGGCCGCAUCGACUCCGCCCCCAAAGACUUUGAAGUCUAUGUGAGUUCUGCUGAUCUGAUGUGGACCUGCAGCCGCUCUGAUCAGGAUCCUUCUGACCGGGUUUGUUUUUAUUUACAGGGGAUGAAAAACGACACGGAGGAGGGAGCUCUGCUGGGGAGUUUCACUUACGACGAGGACGGGGCGUCCACGCAGACGUUCAAGCUGCUGGUGAGUUCAGCAAACACAGACUGAUCAGGAAGUCUGCAUUAUAAACCAGGAAUCAGCUGAUCUCAGGGUGAACAGUGUUGACACUGAUAUUAAAACCAAUAUAAACAACUUUUUAUAUCAUAAAGAAAAUAAACUUUUAAAAGUUUCUGAUAAAAUUUGAUUUUUCCAUAAAUUUCCUUUUUUAUUUGAAUUUCUGCAGAUCUCAGCUCAAAGUUUUGCACUUUGAAUACAUCACUAUGAAUUUAUAUUUAUAUUUAUCAUUGAGAAUAGUAUCUUAUUUUUUAGACUAUUUUAUAUAUAUAGACUAUUUUGACUAUUUUUUUGUCUCUUCCAUCAGAACCCCGCUGACGUGGUGUACCGCUGCGUGGAGCUGCGUGUCCUCUCUAACUGGGGUCACGUCGAGUACACGUGUCUGUACCGUUUCCGUGUUCACGGACAGAUCGCCUCCACAUGAAACUGCGGGUCGACUUCAAGACUUUCAAGAAAAUAUGAAUAUUUCAGGAAGUAUUUAAAGAUAAAUAAAGUUGGUGAAUCAGGGUGAGAGCGUUCAGAGCUGACUGUGUCUCAGUGCAGCAUCAUGUUCCUGCGCUCAGGGUUCGAUGAAUCUCACAGACAAGAAUGUAAAUAAUGUUUCUUCAAACCAAAAUCGUAGCUAGUGAAACCAUUUUGGAGCAGAAAGUUCUGGAAACUUGACGCUUCAGGUCGUCUGAGAGUGCCAUAGAGUAAGAUCUGUUGUUUUUGUUCUUUGUCGGGUAUUUUUGUUGAGGUCACAUUUUAAGUUUAAACAAAAUUAUCGGCUUUUCCACGAGUAAAGUAAAAAAUGAAAAAGAAUGAUCGUCUGCAAAUCAUUUAAAUUUGCAGGAUAAAAUGAGAAAAAUGAAACCUGUUUCUGUACUCAGCAUUCGUUACUGAGGUCUCAGAGGUCGUUACUGAUCGGGCGAUCUUAUUGGUUGUUGCAGAUGUUUUGACCAAUAAGAUGUGACAUAAUUUAAACAGUAUGAAGGAGUAAUUGAAGGCAGCAGUGAGCAAUGUUUUAGCAUUGAUGUCAUAUUUUUCAGUUUAAUUACUGCUGAUUAUAAUAAUAAUCAUAAUAAUAAUAGUAAUAAUAAUAACAAUAAUAAUAAUAAUAAUGGUAAUAAUGGUACCUGAAUACUUGAAGCUCUUUUUCUAAUCUCUUUGAAGGACGUUCAUGUUGACUUCAUGACGUCUGUGUUUCUACUUCUUUGUACAGAGCAGCUUCAUUUCCAUGAGCUGCAGAAGUUUGACACAAACAUGUUAUUUAUUUGGAAUAUUCAUUUCUAAAUCAUUCAUGACCAGUUUGAUGAUAUUCUUCACAUUUCUCUCUGUAAGUUUGAAGCAUGUAAAUCCAGUUUACCAUGAAGAUUAGCCGACUGUCCAUUCAAAUGUUGUCUGGACUGAACUCUGUUCACUGUCUCCACUGCUGUUUGUCUGUCUGUCUGUUUGUUUGUUUGUUUGUUUGUUUGUUUGUUUGUUUGUUUGUUUGUUUGUUUGUUUGUUUGUUUGUUUGUUUGUUUGUUUGUUUGUUUGUUUGUUUGUUUGUUUGUUUGUUUGUUUGUUUGUUUGUUUGUUUGUUUGUCUGUUUGUUUGUUUGUUUGUUUGUUUGUCUGUCUGUUUGUUUGUUUGUUUGUUUGUUUGUUUGUUUGUCUGUUUGUUUGUUUGUUUGUUUGUUUGUUUGUUUGUUUGUUUGUUGUGUUUGUUUGUUUGUUUGUUUGUUUGUCUGUUUGUUUGUUUGUUUGUUUGUUUGUUUGUUUGUUUGUUUGUUUGUUUUACAGUCCGUUUGGACGAAGUUGAAGUGCACUAUGGGUACAGUCAGGUUGAAUCCAUUACGCCAUCCUUAUUUUCAGUGUUAUGUUAUAAGCUUGAGUGAUGUGGGGAAGGUUUGCGUCAUAUAUUUUGAUAAAACAAGUGCAGGUUACAUGAGUUUAUAAUCCCGGAGUAUUUUAUUUGGUAUAAAAAUGAUUGUAACUCCACUUUGUACCAGUUUAUUUACAUUUUUUUAUUUCAGUUUAAUCAUUACAGUACCAAAGUCAUCAUAAUCUUUUAUUUACAGUGUUUCAUAAAAUCUGCUGAUCAGUUGUUUUUUGUGUUCAGUUCUCUUCAGACACAGAUAAUGUUCUUUACAUUAUCGGCUUCAAACUGCCUGGAAAUGCAAAAUGACAGAGUUGUAAACAUGUAAUUCAAAUCACGAUUAAUCGCAGUUAAUUCUGAAGAUUCGGUGAUUAAUGGCGAUUAAAAGUUGAAAUCGUUUGACAGCUUUAAUUUGUAUUCUUCAUUCUGUUACAGGAAGUUGUUUUUAAUUUGAAGGGUAACUUCAGUAUAUUUGGCCAAAGCUUCAGUCUUUACGUCUUAAAAUCGACCUUUUAUUCUUUGGAAAAGUUUCAGGAUGUUUGGAGAUAUUUCCUGUUCACCAGUUUAGGUUUUUUCCUGGACGUCACCUGGAAUGUUCGAUAAAGCUUUUGACUACCGAUGCCUGUUAAAGACUUUUGAAAAGUUUGUUUUAUUAAAUAAAACAAAGUCUUUGUCAUCACGUUU